AAUGUUUAAAAGAGGAAGUAAACUAGAGUGUGUUUGAGGUACAGUGAGAGAGAGACAUACUGAAAGAAUUAAAAGGGUGGCUGGGGCAAAGCUAGGCUGAUGAUGGCUUUUCAGAUGGUCUCCAUACUCUUCAUUGCGCUUCCUGUUGUCCUUUCUUCCCCUCCUUCAGUCAGUGACCUGGCAGCUGGACGCACUAAUCAAUCAUCCAUCCGGUUCCUGGUGGUUGGAGACUGGGGCGGUUUGCCUAAUGCACCCUUUGUCACACCUGUUGAAUGGGCCACAGCACGGGAAAUGGGCCAAACUGCUGAGCAGCUUGGAGCUGACUUUGUUUUAGCCCUUGGAGAUAACUUUUAUUAUAGAGGUGUGAGGGGUGUGGAUGAUCCCAGGUUUCAGGAGACAUUUGAGAAUGUCUACACUGCUAAAUCUCUAAAUAUUCCCUGGUAUGUUAUUGCUGGCAACCAUGACCAUGCAGGGAACGUUCAUGCCCAGAUCCUGUACAGCAAAAUGUCCCAACGAUGGAAUUUCCCUUAUUACUACUAUGACUUGAACUUCGUCAUCCCACACACUACCACCACUCUGCAGGUGCUAAUGUUGGAUACAGUGCUUCUUUGUGGAAACAGUGAUGACUUCCAUGAUGAAAAGCCAAGUGCACCAAUGAGUAGUGUGUUGGCCAACCGCCAGCUGCUGUGGCUACAGGAACACUUGCACCGCUCCACAGCUGACUUCCUGCUUGUUGCUGGGCAUUAUCCUGUCUGGUCAGUGUCCAAACAUGGGCCUACUGACUGCCUGGUGAGAAAGCUUCGCCCCCUGCUGGUCAAAUACAAAGCCACAGCUUACCUGUGUGGACAUGAUCACAACCUGCAGUACUUCAAGGAGUCCGGUGUUGGUUACGUUGUGAGUGGCGCCGGAAACUUCAUUGACCCAGACAUGAGGCAUCGCAACUCUGUUCCUCGAGAUUCUCUGAAGUUCUUCACAGGAAAAUCCUCUACUCUUGGUGGCUUUGCUCACAUGGAGGUUACUGAUAAAAAGUUAACUGUAACAUUCAUCCAAGCCAGAGGAUCUUCACUGUAUCGUACCAUAUUGCCUAAACGCAGCUUGUAAUUCAAUGUGCAUGCUUGUAAUUGAGUAAUUUUUACAGGUUUUAGAGCUUUUGCAUGCUGUCUAGAUUAUACACAUUGUUUAAUUACAUGUUUUAAACACACAAUUAAAUGCUCUUGAAUUCAAGGCAGUGUGACUGGUUGUGACUCCCCAUCCCCCCAAGCAGUCCUUGCCAGAGGAUAAGCUAGAGCUUUGGCAAGGUGACUAAUGUUGAGUGUCUUGCCCAUGACUUCAUCUGGGUUUACUUGAAGCUGAGAAAAUGAGUAAGCUAUUGUAGAACUAGUGGUCUCUCCUGUUGGAGACUUAACCUGUUGGGUAUUGGUGAAG